UUCUAGAAUAAGUGGCGCUGUAUUUAAAUCUAUUGCGUAUGCUAUAACUGAAAUUUUUCCAAAAAAAGGAGUGUAUAUAUUUCGAAAAAUCAUACAUUCUCAAAGAAAACAGUGAAAAUGUUAAACCCCUCAAAGUAAAUUCAACUGCCCUUCUCUAUCACGAAUAUCUAAAAUGGCGAGAGCAUAUACGAAAAGUUGGGAUUCAAAUAUCUCGUAAAAAUACUGCAACUGACAUGUCCACAACUUUAGAUUUAGACGCAGAGGUAUUAGAUAUAUCUAUUUUAUUAGAAGAAAUUGAUACGAGUGAUUUAAGUAUAGUUGAAAAAGCGACAAAUGUUUGGAAAGAAACGUACGCAUAUCGCCGCAUGAGUUUAUAUGAAAAUAAAAAGGGUAUUGAUGCAAUCGAUCAUUUUAAAGUGUUAAAAACAUCACUAGCUUCCUCAUUAAUAUCUUCAGAUUUUGUCGCUAAGUUUGAUAGUAUUUAUGGCGCUGGUACAGACGGUAUACCGUUCGUAGAUCGGUUGAUCAGAAAGUGGCCUAUUAUUUCUAAAAAAAUUAUUGAUCUUGCCAACAAUUAUUGUAAGGCUAACAAAUGCAUUGAUGCGAACGACGAGACAGAAUUUGCUGUAGCAAAUUAUAUGAACGUCAAUGAUGUUUUUAGCAAGAAUACAGUUUCAGGUAGUGAAGAAUAUACGAACGCGCAGGUUUCUUAUUGAUACCAUAUUCACUGAGAGGUCGCGGGUUAAAAACGAAAAUUGGAUAUUCGUGGAAACCGGCGCAACAUGAUAUUCCUGGUUCAUUUAUACAGCACAUAAAGGAUCAUACAGAACUCAGUGAAUUGGUAACUACUAUACAGAAUCGAUAUACAGGAUUAAGCGUACAGCCGUACGCAGUUCUGUGUGGAUCCUUGAAAGCACCUCAGUGUUAUCAUGCUGUUAUUGGCACAUACAUACACGAUUUUGAGAACAUUAUCAGUUGCAUUGAUUACAUCUACAAAUUAAUGUUGACGCUGAGAAUCGAAUUCCCAGUAGUUUGUAAUCACGUCUGGUCUUUGUUGCAAAAGCACAUAUACUGCAUGGAACAAGAAAAAAAAAAUUUGGUAAUUCCCAGAUUGUGAAAUUGAUCUGUAGCAUUGAUUAAGGAUUGCGCACGUUUAUUACAUAUGUAAGUGUACAUAUUAUUUUUUUAAAUAGAUCUCAACGAAGAAGUUAUAAAGUUAACAUGUCAACUGUAUGCGAAUCUUAGCAUAUUGAAAACUGAAGUUCAAUUUAUAAUUGAGCUCAUUGAAAAAUUCGUAACUGAUGCUUACAAUCCAUUUUUAUUAAAGCGGUUGAAUAAAUCUUUGUUCAAAGCCGUCAGUGAAGAAGUUUCUGCGAAAUAAAUGUAUUUCGACUGUAUAAAGAUCCGUUUGAAAUAGUAAGUUCUGAGUACAAAAGAAUAUCAUUAUAUAAAAAACUAGGUUAAUAUGUCGAGCCAAAAAUUAUAGCAGUAAACUCAAUCAUAAAAGCGAAAAUGGAGGAAAAUAAUAUUAUUCUAAAAGAAUCAGAUAUCCCUUUACUGGAAGUAGAUAUUAAACGCGCGUUUAAAAGAUUAUUGCAACUACCCGGACUAUUUGACGCUACGUUGUCAUACAUGAAGUUUCUAAAUGAAGAAAAACAUCUUCUAAUAAAUUUUGUACAAGGAGAAUUGUGGCAAAAGACACUUAAAACGUUUGACAAAAAGGGUAUUGCAUUACCUUUAAUUCUGUAUUUUGACGACCUAGAAUUAAGAAAUGCGCUGGGGAGUCACGCUGGCCAUAAUGCGAUUGGUGCAAUGUAUGCGUCAAUCCCUUGCUUGCCACCUACGUUUUCAUCUAAAUUAGAGAGCAUUGUAUUGGCUACAUUGUUUUAUACAAAACAUCGUAAAUUGUUCGGAAAUUAUUUGAUGUUUCAAAAUGUUGUGAAUCAGUUUAAAGAAAUGCAGGAAAAUGGCAUACAAAUUGAUACAGCUAAUAAAAGUUACGACAUUUAUUUAAUUCCAUGUUUAGUAGUAGGUGAUAACGAAGGUCUAAAUUCAAUUUUUGGAUUCGUAGAAUCAUUCUGUUCAAGAUAUUACUGCCGUGGAUGCUACGCUACUUCUGAGUGUGCAAAAACGUUAAUUAAAGAAGAAACAUCUCUAUUAAGGACAGUGCAGAAAUACGAAGAAGACAUUAAGCAUUUCGAUCAUCAGCAACCUGGAAUUAAACAAAAAUGCCUAUUUAAUGAUUUACUUAAUUUUCACUGCAUCGAAAAUUUUACUGUUGAUGUGAUGCAUGAUUUUUAUGAAGGGGUGUGCAACUAUGUCAUAUCGAAAA